AUGCCAACCCCGCGAGCAGAUGAGUCGGAUGCCGUCAUGGAAGACGGCAUCGGGCAACAUGACAAGGCGCUCCAUCCGCUGUGUGAUUUCGAGUUCACCUUUGAGUCGUCCAUGUUGAUGAUCGAACCUGAUUAUCCAUCUUCAGCAGCGAAUCUGUUUGCUGAUGAGACGCUUGAAGCAUAUGUUUUUCCAAACGACGAGAAGGAACAAGAGCGGCUAGCCCUGCAGGGCCCCAUUAUGCAGAAGCUCAUGGGAGGCAAAUUGCACUUUGCUCCCAUUUCUGUCGAAAACUAUCCACACUUUAUCCUCGACAUCGCAACGGGAAUUGGCGACUGGGCUAUUGAGAUGGCUGAUGAGUUCCCCGACUCACGGAUCAUCGCCACGGAUCUAUCACCAAUCCAGCCGAAUUACGUGCCUUCCAAUGUCCGGUUCUAUGUCGAAGAUGCGACUGAGCCAUGGGACUUCCCCCACAAGUUCAACUUCAUACAUACUCGGCUCACUGGCGGCUGUUGGGAAGAUUUCGAGAAACAGAUUGCCGCUCAGGCUUUCGACGCCCUUGAACCGGGCGGCUGGUUCGAAUCCCAAGAGGUUGAUUGUAAUAUCUCGUGCGACGACGGCACUUUGAAUCCCUGCGGACCGAUAGUCUCGUGGAUCAGCGACCUGAUUCUCGCCGCAGACAGGAUGGGUCGCCCUACACUCUUGGGGCCUAUUCUGAAGAGGGCAUACGAGAAUGUGGGCUUUGUGGAUGUGCAGCAGCGCGUUUAUAAAAUGCCCCUCAACUCUUGGCCCAAGAACCGAUAUCUGAAGCAGAUAGGGCUGCUAUGGGGCCACAACCUUGUGGAAGGGCUGUCUGCCUUUUCAUACCAGCUGCUUCAUCACGGUUUUAAUCGUUCGGCCGAGGAAAUUGAAGUGAGUUGGCACAUGGUAAUUUACUUGAAUCGGAGCCGACAAAAGGACCAUGUGUAG